AACACGGCAACGGAUUUUGAUAAGGAUUAUCGCUGUUAUAGUGGUUUCACAGCUAUGCAAAAUAAGAAAAUGCAAGAGGAUUAGUGACACACAUCAAGUGGAGCAAGAUAGCAAAACAGAGUGAGAAAGCGAGAUGCGGCUCGCCUCAGAGAUGAAAGAGAUGCUCAUGUUCGUGAAGAGACAUUGAACCCAAGGAAAUCUCAAGCUCUGAAAUACAUUUAAUAUGCUACAAGAUUGUUGUUCUUCACUGCCGUCGGGUAUUAGCAAAAGGUUCCCUGAAGUCUUUGAGCCGUAAGAGCUCCGAGUACAUUCUGCCACAAGUACUUCUGUCAUCGAGGGGAAUGUAACGCCACUGUCGAGUUUUCACUUAAUCCUCUCACAGGUAAACGGCGGGACAUUUUGCCGGAGGAAUUUUGCGCUCAAAGAGUUUUUAAACAGAAUGUGAAUAAGAUAUCACUGGUAGAGCUUGCUAGAGAAUGAAGCACCUGGAAUAGGUCUCUGCCUUUUUUUGUUGGAACAAUGGCAGCAUGAAAUCAUAGACUCUAGGUUUUUUUCAAUUACCUGGAGGGAGGGCAAGAUGGCAAAGCCCUUCUACAGGCUUCAGCGCUUCUUGCGACGGACUCAGCUGCUCUUCUUGUUCCUCGGUGUCGCAUACAUUAUGGCUGGAAGUGUCCUCCUUCUGCAGAGACAUGGAUUGGUGGUGUCACAGCGUGGGACGAGCAGUUACUUUCCAUUGCCGUCUUUGCCAUCUCCUCCCAGGGCCCUGGAGGCACCUGCCCUCCGGACAAGUUAUGGAAUAAUAGGCGCUCGGGUCACCAGAAAGGGGGUGGGAUUCCAAAGCGUUUUAGCCGAAGACAACGCUGGACCACAAUGGCUGAUCUCACGAAACCAGGAGAUCCGAUAUCUGAGACGUCGCUGGUUCCACAGCCUCAUGUCCGAACAGGAAGCAUCCAGAGUGGAGAAAGUUCUUCCGAAAAGAAAAAUCCGACACAAAGGCACGUACAUUGGCUGCUUUCUGGAUGACGCCAAAGACCGGGCGCUCAAAGGGAUGGUGUUUUAUGACUUCCGGAAAAUGACCAGCACCUUGUGUCAGGACACCUGCACGGAAAGCGGGUACCAGUUCGCUGGCCUUGAAUAUGGGUCCGAGUGUUACUGUGGAAACCGCAUCACAAGUGCUCGGAUGAAAGAGGAGGGGUGUAACUUGGACUGCAAAGGCCAGAAGGGCGCCAUCUGUGGAGGUGUGUCCCGUCUGUCCAUUUACAAGGUGGAGGAGGUUCAUCCUGGCCAGCGGAGAUACAGGAACGUGCGCUACCGGGGCUGCUUCAAAAAACCUGACAACUCAACAGCAGCUUCCCUGGCUCAUGUCAUCCAGCCCAACCUCACCUCCCAGUGGUGCAUCCAGAACUGCAUGGAUCAGCCAUUCUCACCUAACACUGGGAUGCUCCGAAAGGCUAUGCAGAGCUAUUCCAGAUGCACAGAGAAGAAGUUUCUACCUGAGAAGUCCAGCUCACUGGUGGCUCUGUCCAGUUUUCCUGGUGCGGGGAACACCUGGGUGAGGCACCUGAUCGAGCUCGCCACAGGCUAUUACACAGGCAGUUACUACUUUGAUGGCACCCUCUACAAUAGAGGCUUCAAGGGUGAGAAAGAUUACUGGAAGAGUGGAAGAACCAUCUGUGUGAAGACACAUGAGAGCGGCCAGCGGGAUAUAGAGAUGUAUGACUCAGCAAUACUGUUGAUAAGAAACCCCUACCGCUCACUCAUGGCUGAGUUCAACCGCAAGUGCGCCGGACAUCUUGGUUAUGCUUCUGAUCAGCACUGGAAAAGCAAAGAGUGGCCCGAAUUUGUGGGUAGUUAUGCCUCCUGGUGGGCUUCUCACAUUUUGGACUGGCUGCGUUAUGGAAAGAAACUUCUGGUGGUGCACUAUGAGGAGUUGCAGGAGUCACUGGUGCCCACAUUACGAUCCAUCACUUCCUUCCUCAAUACCAGUGUCAGUGAAGAGCGGCUCCUCUGUGCUGAGUGCAACAAGGAUGGCCACUUCAAGCGCUCAGGUGUGCGACGGCCCACCUUUGACCCCUUCACCCCAGAUAUGAAACGGCUGAUUGAUGGAUACAUCAGCACUGUGGACCAGGCCCUCAGAGCCAGCAACUAUUCUGGCUUGCCAAAGGAGUAUCUCCCAAGAUGAUAAGUCCAGAACUAGAGUACAGGACUGUCUGUCUCGCUCAAGCUCCAGUGCUACAAACUAUGAUGCCCGGGAGAUAUUUUGAUACGUUAUUUCCUCACAUAUUGAGGUCAUAAAUAAUGCCAUAUGAUGCUGGUGUGCUUUGAGAUCGACAUGUUUUAACGGCGGUAUGCGGAUCAGUCUGUAAAAGGAAGCAAAGUUGAACUUGGUGAGAAAUUAGGUUUGACAAUUGCAGACUUGAACUUGAGACUCAAAAACAGCUCUAGUCAGAGGCAAGUUAAGUUCUCCCUCCUCCUUUGGGAGGAAACUUGAGUGCUUAAUUACAUACUUCAACUACAAGUCAACAAGAGGCCUAAUAAACAACAGAUGUAAUUGCUUAUGUACUAAUCCGACAUGUACCGUAGAUGAUAAUGACAUGUCUACCACAAUGACAACAUCAUUUUAUGACUACAUAGUAACUUUUUUUACUUUGUAGGGACAAUUUAGACCAUUUACAAAGCUGAUAUCAUAAAUGCUAG